UCUCCGAUAAACUACUAAUAGCUAAACCACUUGGACUAUAAAACACAACAAAUCAUAAACCAAGGAAAAGAGCGGUGCCCUUCCAAUGAGUUCCUAUUUUGUAAACUCAACUUUCCCAGUGACUCUGCCCGGAGGACAAGAGUCGUUCUUGGGACAGAUACCCUUAUACUCCUCCGGAUACACAGACCCUUUACGACAUUAUCCCGGUGCUGCUUAUGGAGCUAGCAGUGUUCAGGAGAAGGCAUACACCUCCUCCUUUUACCAGCAGGCGAACGGUGCCUACGGCAGGGCGACUGCCGCCGGUGCCUGCGAUUACGCGACCGCUAGCUUCUACAGGGAAAAGGAUGCCGCUUGUGCCCUUUCUAGCAUAGAAGAACACUCUCUCGUCCUCAGUCAGGAUCACCGUAAAACAGACUGCACAGGGACGACAGGGAAAAGCAUCUAUACCGAAGGCGACGAACAGAAGCCGACGGCACCGGUUUACCCGUGGAUGCAACGAAUGAACUCGUGCAACGGGACCUUCGGUAACCCCGGUCGGAGGGGUCGCCAGACGUACACCCGUUACCAGACGCUAGAAUUGGAGAAAGAGUUCCAUUUUAACAGGUAUCUGACCCGGAGGCGUCGCAUCGAGAUUGCGCACGCAUUGUGCCUGACGGAACGCCAGAUCAAGAUUUGGUUCCAAAACAGACGCAUGAAGUGGAAAAAAGAGAACAAACUUAUCAACUCGUCACAAACCAGUGGCGAAGAAGAAGAUGAGAAGAGGACAGAAUGAAAUCAUAAAAAUGAAACGCAAGAAAUAGGAAAAAGCAGAGAGGGCAUCAAAUACCACAAUUUAUCAUCGGAAAUGAAGAUCCCCCAUGUCCAAAAAUCGCGCCGGUGAAGUUGUGUUGGUAAAUUCGUUGUAGCAUUCCACUUAUCUAUUUCUAUUGCCAUUUUUCAUAUUUUUUUACAUGAUGUCUCUAAUUAAUGUGUUUUGUGAGCAUAUUCUGACUUAGGAUUUCGUCUUUUACCCAAGACGACCAUGUUUAACGAAGCUAUUUGAAAUGUUAUAUUCGUGUUCAUAUUUAAGCUGUGUAAAAUAAAAUUUAAUUCUCAUUGUUCGAAAUAAAGUUUUUCCUUUCAAAGUUAAGAUGAUUUAGAUACCAUAUUGUCUGAGAGGUUUAAUGGGUUUACGGAGAAAUUAGUACUGGAACUCUCUUCAAUAGUUCCAAACUAGUGAGGCAGGACAGAGUUUACAAUCGGACGAAUUUUGUACGUGGUUUUUGUCUGUUGUUAAACCUAUCAGGAAAAUCCAUUUAAUAAACUAACAAAACAUUUCA